AUGAGCUCCAUUAUGCAAGGCUUCCAGAAAAACACUGCACUCCCCGUAACGCAAACCGAAUCCAAAGACCACCUCCUAGCAUCCUACGGCCCAGGGCGGCUACGACGGCGGCUCUCCGCUCUAUCCCUCAAAUUACAGCCCACCUCUUCGCCGGAUGCGAAGUCAUGGACAUUCCCCAGGCCAAAAUCUUUGUCCUCCAUGGGAGAGUACGCCGGUAGCUCGAUCAGAAAAUGGUGGGACUGGGGCUGGUCCUGGGUUCUCUCCAAAAAACCCAUUUUCGCUAAGGACAUCGAGAUGAACGAAGAAGAAACCAGGAUCCUUGGGUGCCAUAACAAAGGCAGUUGGAGGCAUGUCUUUUACAAAGUCAGAUCUGAGGUCAGAAAACUCGUGGGAUCUCAUCAUAAGGUUGGCCUCCCACAAACUUGCAGGUACAAUCCUUUAGAUUACUCCAAGAAUUUCGAUGAUGGAAAGAGUUACACCUAUGGUUGA